GAAAAUGGCGUCCACGGAUUAUAGUACCUACAGCCAAGCUGCAGCCCAGCAGGGCUACAGUGCUUACACAGCCCAGCCAACUCAAGGAUAUGCACAGACCACCCAGGCAUAUGGGCAACAAAGCUAUGGAACCUAUGGACAGCCUACUGAUGUCUACAUCCAAGCUCAGGCCACUGCCAUCUAUGGGCAGACUGCAUUUGCAACUUCUUAUGGACAGCCUCCCACUGGUUAUACUUCUCCAGCUGCCCCCCAGACCUGUAGCCAACCUGUCCAGGGGUAUGGCAGUGCUUAUGAUACCACCACUGCUACAGUCAGCACUACCCUGGCUUCUUAUGCAGCUCAGUCUGCUUACAGCUCUCAGCCUGCUUACCCAGCCUAUGGGCAGCCCCCAGCGGCUACUGCACCUGAGAGACCACAGGAUGGUAACAAGCCUACUGAGACUAAUCAACCUCAGUGUAGUACAGGGGGUUAUAACCAGCCCAGCCUAGGCUACGGACAGAGUAACUACAGUUAUCCCCAGGUUCCUGGAAGCUACCUGAUGCAGCCAGUCACCGCACCUCCAUCCCAUCCUCCUACCAGCUAUUCUUCUACACAGCCAACUAGUUAUGAUCAGAGCAGUUACUCUCAGCAGAACACCUAUGGGCAGCCGAGCAGCUAUGGACAGCAGAGUAGCUAUGGUCAACAAAGCAGCUAUGGGCAGCAGCCUCCCACUAGUUAUCCCCCCCAGACUGGAUCCUACAGCCAGGCUCCAAGUCAAUAUAGCCAACACAGCAGCUACAGGCAGCAGAGUUCAUUCCGAUAGGACCACCCCAGGAGCAUGGGUGUUUAUGGGCAGGAGUCUGGAGGAUUUUCCAGACCAGGAGAAAACCGGAGCAUGAGUGGCCCUGAUAACCGGGGCAGGGGAAGAGGGGGAUUUGAUUGUGGAGGCAUGAGCAGAGAUCCUGAUGAAGACUCUGACAACAGUGCAAUUUAUGUACAAGGACUAAAUGACAAUGUGACACUUGAUGACCUUGCAGACUUGUUUAAGCAAUGUGGGGUUGUUAAGAUUAACAAGAGAACUGGGCAACCCAUGAUCCACAUCUACUUGGACAAGGAAACAGGAAAGCCCAAGGGUGAUGCUACGGUGUCCUGUGAAGAUCCACCGACUGCCAAGGCUGCUGUGGAGUGGUUGGAUGGGAAAGAUUUUCAAGGAAGCAAACUUAAAGUCUUCCUUGCUCGGAAGAAGACUCCAAUGAACAGCAUGCGAGGUGGCAUGCCGCCUCAUGAGGGCAGAGGGAUGCCGCCACCACUCCAGGGAGGUCCAGGUGGCCCAGGAGGUCCUGGGGGACCCAUGAGUCGCAUGGAAGGUCAUGGAGGAGACAGAGGAGGCUUCCCUCCAAGAGGCCCCCGGGGUUCCCGUGGAAACCCUUCUGGAGGAGGAAACGUCCAACAUCGAGCUGGAGAUUGGCAAUGUCCCAAUCCAGGUUGUGGAAACCAGAACUUCGCCUGGAGAAUAGAAUGCAACCAGUGUAAGGCCCCAAAACCUGAAGGCUUCCUCCCGCCACCCUUCCCACCCCCAGGUGGUGAUCGUGGCAGAGGUGGCCCUGGUGGCAUGCGGGGAGGAAGAGGUGGCCUCAUGGACCGUGGUGGUCCUGGUAGAAUGUUCAGAGGUGGCCGUGGUGGAGACAGAGGUGGUUUCUGUGGUGGCCGUGGCAUGGACCGAGGUGGUUUUGGUGGAGGAAGACGAGGUGGUCCAGGGGGCCCUCCUGGACCUUUGAUGGAACAAAUGGAAGGAAGAAGAGGUGGACGUGGAGAACCUGGAAAAAUGGAUAAAGGUGAGCACCGUCAGGAGCGCAGAGACCGGCCCUACUAGA